GAGAAGGAGUACUGCAUUAAUCAAAGGCAGAGCUAAUAGUCUCCUUCACUAAGAAAAGGAGACUAUUUGUAUUAAUCAUGAAUGCUAAAUGGAUUAAAUGUACGUACGGUGUAAGCUAAUCCCUGGGGUAAAACUCCGGAGUGACGUAGAAUUGGGCAUGUGGUGGUGCAUUAAUUAAACGCGUCUACUAAGUACCAGAGAUUCGGAGAAGACCGAUUGAUGGAUUUGAAGACGGGGCCCAGGGCUCCGCCCUCGGUGUUCCGGGGGCACCUGCUGAGGGCCGGGGUCGUAUGUAUGACAUAGUCUUUUUCAGUCUCACGAUGACUAUCACAGAGUCUACCUCUGUUAUUUCCAUUACUGCUGCUACACACUUUCCGAUUAAGCUUACGGCAUCCAACUUUCCGGUGUGGAAAUGUCAAGUACAUAAUGCCUUAGUUGGCCUUGGUCUUGAUUCCUACAUCGAUGGUACACUUCUUUCGCCGAAUCAAUUCACUGAUCCGGCCAAAACACAAACAAAUCCAUGUUAUACGAUAUGGUACCGGCAGGACAAAACAAUUAUUAGUGCGCUCAUCGGAAGUUGCUCCGAGACGAUCCAGCCACUCAUCUCUUCCGCCAUCACAGCGCGUCAAGCGUGGGAGAAGCUUACUCUCACUUAUGCAAGCACAUCUCGAGGCCGAAUUAUUUCUCUCAAAACUCAAAUGGCCCGUACUACGAAAGGUGCUCGCCCCAUACUCGCCUACCUUGCCGAAAUGCAUGCCUUUGCCGAAUCAUUAGCACUCGCCCAGAGUCCCGUGACUGACGAGGACCUAGUCAUUGGCAUUCUAAAUGGCUUAGGUUCAGAAUAUAAUGACAUUCUAUCUGCUGUUCGUGUUCGGGAAACUCCCCUCCCUCUCUCACAACUUCAGGACAUUUUGUUGGAGCAAGAAAAACGUCACAAUGAACAGGUUGCUGCCACUCACUCUUUACUGCCCACUGCUAAUGCGACACAGAUGCUUCCACGUGGGCCUCAACCUGAACGUCGUUAUCAUGGUGAUUCACGCCCCUCAUCAUCACGACGUGGACGUGGGUCAUAUCAAGGUCAUGCAAAUAGGUCAUCCAAUGGUCCUGUGUGUCGUUUUUGUGACAACGUGGGGCAUGAGGUAAAAUAUUGUCGCAAAUUACAACGUUUUAUUCGUGACAAUAAUAUCUCAAUUGCAACCUCACCGGCGGUUCAUAAUACCAUGACUUCUGCUGCACCGGGAGGUCAACCGUGGCUAUUUGACACCGGGGCCUCUCAUCAUGUCACUUCUGAUGCUGCCAAUCUGCCAACAUACACUGAUUAUGGUGGUCCUGACGAGGUCAAGCUUGGCGAUGGAUCGGACCACGGGGGCGUCACUCAUGCGAGGGGAGAACCAUCUUGAUGUCUAUUACGCACCUAUGAUGUCACCUCAGGCACAUGUUACUCAAUGCCGUGACUCAUCUAUCUGGCAUCACACAUUUGGUCAUCCUUCAAGUCACAUUUACAGUUUAUUAGUUCGUCAAAAUACAAAUCAUGUUUCGUGUCCUAAGAGUUCUGUAACUCAUUGUGAAUCUUGUUACAUCAAUAAGAGUACUA